CAGUGUCGGUGACAGCCCCGGGAGUGGCCCCUGCCGGAGCCGCAGUUCCGCGCCCAGCCCCCUCCUCUUAGCAGCAGCAGCCGCGGCAGCGGCAGCAGCAGCGGCAGCGGCAGCAGCAGCAGCAGCAGUCGCGGCAGCCUCCCGGUGUCCGGCCUCCGUCUUCGCUCGGCCACAUCUGGGCCGGAGCAUCUCGGCGCAGCGCCCUCCCCGCACGCUCCCGGCACUCGCGCGCAGCCCCGCCUGGCCCUGGACCCGGCGUCCCCGCUGGCCCGGCCCCGCCGGGAGCCCACCACGGAGCUGGAGCCGCACCUGGAACCGGCCCUGGAGCCGCGCCGCGGGGUCCCCGAGCCCCGCAGCCGGCGCAUGAUGAACUCGCUGCUGUUCGGCGAGAUGGCGCUGGCCUUCGGCGGCCCCCCUGGCGGCGGCGGCGGCCCGGGCGGCGGGGGAGCGGGCAGCGGCGGCGGCCCGGGGCCCGGGCCGUCGCCCGUGACCGCGGCGCUGCGGGACGACCUGGGUUCCAACAUCUACCUCCUGAAGGGGCUCAACGUGCGCUUCCGCUGCUUUCUGGCCAAGGUGCACGAGCUGGAGCGGCGCAACCGGCUGCUGGAGAAGCAGCUGGAGCAGCAGCAGAGCGAGCGCGAGCGCCGGCUGCGCUACAAGACCUUCUCCCGUGAGCAGGCGGUGCAGACGGGCCCCGAGCUCGCCCUGGCCCUGGCCCGCGCCGCCGGCCCGCAGCAGCCGCCGCCACCGCCGCUGCAGCCGCCGCAGCUCGGCGCCAACGGCAACCUGCCCCCGGGCGCCGGCGGCUCGCACCCGCAGCACUACAGCCGCCUGCCCGGAACCAUCUGGAGCUACACGCAGGUCCGGCGCACGGGCGGCGGCGGCGUGGAGACCGUGCAGGGCCCCGGCGUGUCCUGGGUGCACCCCGACGGCGUGGGCGUGCAGAUCGAUACCAUCACCCCCGAGAUCCGGGCCCUCUACAACGUGCUGGCCAAGGUGAAGAGGGAGCGGGACGAGUACAAGAAGAAAUGGGAGGAGGAGCUGGCCAAGCGCAUGAACCUAGAGACCAUGGUGGAGACACUGCAGGAGGCGGCCCAGGAAGCUGAGGCUAUCCAGGAGGAGAUGAAUGAGAAGAUCGAGCGGCUGAAGGCUGAGCUGGUGGUGUUUAAGGGCCUGAUGAGUGACCCCAUGACAGACCUGGACACAAAGAUCCAAGAGAAGGCCAUGAAGGUGGACAUGGAUAUCUGCCGGCGAAUCGAUAUCACGGCCAAGCUGUGCGAUGUCGCACAGCAGCGGAACUCGGAAGACGUGUCCAAGAUCUUUCAGGUAGCAUCCAAGAAGAAGGACCGUAAGGUAACCUCAGACGAAGACAUUUCGGAGCAGGAUGGGGAGGUCACCAGGCUGUCAGAUGAUGAAGUCAGCUCCAUGAACAUCACAGAUGAAAUGAAGCGGAUGUUCAAUCAGCUGAGAGAGACUUUUGACUUUGAUGACGAUUGUGACAGCCUGACUUGGGAAGAGAACGAGGACACCCUGCUGCUCUGGGAGGACUUUACCAACUGUAACCCAUCCAUUGACCUGCAGGGAGAGCAAGAGGAAAAUUUGGGCAACUUGAUUCAUGAAACCGAGUCCUUCUUCAAGACGAGAGACAAGGAGUACCAGGAGACGAUAGGCCAGAUUGAGUUGGAACUAGCCACGGCCAAGAGUGAUAUGAACCGGCACUUGCAUGAAUACAUGGAAAUGUGCAGCAUGAAGAGAGGCCUGGACGUGCAGAUGGAGACUUGCCGCCGACUCAUCAAGGGCUCUGCAGACAGGAACUCUCCCUCACCCAGCUCAAUGGCCAGCAGUGACUCAGGAAGCACAGAUGAAAUCCAGGAUGAGUUUGAGAGAGAUGCCGAUGUGGAGCCAAUGGUCAGCUGAUGAACCUCGGGGAGGGUGCCUGGAGAGCUGGGGGGAGAGCGGGACCUCCCCCCCACCCCAGGAGAGCUGGGGGGCCUGGGAGCCAGCACUGACCACACCCUGGAGGACUUCUGCCACUCUCCUGCCCCCCACCCCCCAUCCUGGGGCUUCUGCGGACUGCUGCUUCCCACCCCCACCCCUCCACCGCCCACUGUCCACUGCCCGCCACCCUCCUCCUCCUCCUCCUCCAUCCACUUGCCCACCGCCCUUCCCACCCAAGGAUUGGUGCUGUCAAUUUCUAUUCUACACUACAAAUGCGAACUCUGUCCGGAGAUACGGUGUUAAUUGUGCCUUUCCCCUUAAGCUGAGCCGCUUAAAGAACUCUUCCGAGCUGGUUUUUUUAUAUACAAUGACCAGAUGGGCCAAGGCCCGGUGGUGGAGAUGGCGUUUUGUACCCUCCCACCUGCUGCACUGAUUGGCGGCACUCCUUGCCUGCUCUGUCCUGCCCUGCCCUGCCCCAUUGGAACCCGGAGCGCUCCAGGGAAAGGGGAGGGGGGCAUCUAGCUCCCAAAUCCCUUGCAGAGGAAGGGGUGGAAGAAAGGAUCCCUGCCGCCAGUGUUUGGGGGAAGGAGGAAGAGAGGGGGAGAUGCCCACACCCCUUUAUUUUUUUUUCUCAGCCCAAGUAACAAAAUGAUAAGGCAUGGGGGGAGGAGGGAAGGGAAGGAUUGACACUGUGUUCAAACUACUAUGCAAAAAAAAAAAAAAGAGAUCGCCUUAUUUAUAUAUGAAAUCGAUAAAUAUUUCCCUUCCCCUGCCCCUACCUUCGAUAUUUCUCUGAACUGGGGAGAGAGGCUGAGGGCAGUCUCUACAACUGCCCCAAAGGCUUAGCUGUGACUUUGCUCCCAGGGAUACUGACUUAGUUGUGUGACUGUAGACAAGUCCCAUCCCUUCUCUCCGCUUCAGUUUACUCCCCUGUAAAACAAGAGCAGGGAGGUGAUGAACUAAGCUAAUAUUGAAAGUCCCUUCCAAGGGACUGUGGUUGACAAUGGACUCUGAGUUCACUGAGGCUGAGCCUCCCCCAAAUAGUAUUGUGGGUAGGGAUCAGUAGAAUUGCUCUUACUCCUUCGGGGUCUAGGAGCAACACUUUCUCUGUGAGAAGGUAGGGGUCCAUGGUAUCAGGCGGGUACAUUUCCCUGUUCUCCAGUGUCACCCUGGGAGUAGAAUAGCAUUGUCCAGUUCUUUGCUGUUGGGAUCUCUUCACCUCACGCCCUGACAAAGGUCACGGCACCAUUUUGCUUUCCCAUACCUGGGCUGACUGUAGCCACUGAUAGGAGAUCAUCCGAGUGGAGGCCAGGGAGGGAAGUUAGGGCUUUUGGGGGUGGUUCUAGGGAAGCUAGAUGGGGAGCAUCUCUUGCAUGUCUUAGCCCACCACCAUUUGCAAGAUGUAGCCUCUGCACUAUGAUAUUGACUGACUGACUGGGGAGUUGACGUGAACAAGUGAGACAGUAUCUCUCUGAUAACCGGGUCUGGGUUGGUGGGGGCUGUACAUGGCUUCUUAGUCCCUUGCCAGCCCCCAAAGUAGACUUAAAAAAAAAAAAAAAUGUGUCCACUAUCAUUUGGGAGUGGACUUUUAUUGACUCAUGAGCUCCCCCUGGAGUACCAAGGAGCAGUGGACACCCUGAGUUUAGCCUAGCUUUCUUCAAGGUGGUGAGGGAUGGUGAAGGGCGAGCCAGUUGCUCCUGCUCCUUGUCCCAAGUUAGGAGGCCAGAUAUGGCUCUUACUGAGCUAUUCUCCCAUGUCUCCUAAGGAGCCCAUCUUCUCCCCCCGCCCCCAAAUUCCUACUCCAGGAGACCCUUUGGAAACCACCUCAUUCCCCAAAGGGGCCUCUUUUUUUUUCUUUCCAGUCAUUUUUUGUUGUUGUUUAUCUUAAAGCCAUUCUGUAUAUAAGAUAUAUAUAUAUUAUAGAUCAUAUAUAUAUAUGGAAAGAGAAAGUGUAUGUGUGACCAUUUCUAAUUUAUCAGACCUCAGAGGCCUUUGUCAUCUUUUUUGUUGUUGGGGUGACAUCAGGUAGAUGGACUCCCCGUGUUUCAUUUGGCCAAGAGGUGCCACAGCUCAUACCCCCCGGCAGCUCUGACUAGCCAAAGCAGUCCCUGGUCACGACCCUUUAGAGAACAGUGAGUUGGGGCAGGGUAGGGGGCAACCAGCGCCUCCUGCUUGUCCCCACUCAUUCUCUCUCUCAUCCUAGAUGGAAGCAUCGGUUAUAUUUUAAUUUUAACCAAACAGUAGCCAAGCCCUAUGGGCUUCAACCCCAGCUGCUAUGAAGAGCUUUCCAGCCCUUCCCUGUUCAUUCCCUCCCUCCCCUCCAAGGUUUAUAUCUCGGUGGGUCCCCAAGACCAGCGGGAUCUGCCUGGGCUCUGAUGCUCCUUCAAAGCGGAUUUCCCUGAGCUUCCUCUUCUCUUUUUCCCAGAACCAUAGGUCAAGAAGAGUAGGCAGAGUGUUGGUGGCCGAUGCCCUUCGGGGAGGCCACCAUCCUUUUGUGUGGCAUGCUGUGUGUGUGUGUGUGUGUGUGUGUCCCAGAGGCACCUGUGGCCUCCAUUCUGGGCAUUAUAUUCCAGGUGAUGGGAAGGUGACAUAUCUUUAGAGUUAAGACUGAUAGUAUAAGUAUUUGAGAGCACCUAUUAUGCUUGCCAUGGUGUCUGGUGUCUGGGUGUAUGAUUUCAGCUUUUCUGGCCCCGAGUGGUUUCUUUCUGUGGGUCCUGUGGGGUGAUGAAUAAUCGGGUAAAGAGGAGCCAAUGAGGCUGCCUUCUUGCCAGGCCAUCUUUGCCCAUAGCUAAUCCCCCAGGCUGGCUUCUGGUUGGAGGGCAGGCCGGAGGACCACAGAGGCCCCUCACUUGACAGGCAGGAGACCUUCUGGGUGAAAUGUGUGGAGUGGGCUGGCCUCCUUCUGAGCCCUCCAAGCAGAGCUGAUUUCUGGGUCUUCACCUGGUUGAAGUUCAGCUCUGAAUUGUUGCAGGCCCCCCUUCCCUGAGCCCGUAGCUUUCCAGGACUGUCCCAGCUCUCCUCCUCCUCCCACCAACCCACCACUGUUAGGGCCAGCACUGGGCCAACAUUAGGACUGCCCAGUUCUUCCUUUGUAAAGUUGUAAAUACUUUCUUGUUUUUCUAUUUCUAAGGCACGGUGUCAUAUUGAUGCCGGUAUUUUGGAAGGGUUCCUGUACACACCUCUUUCCCUCCAUCACUUUUUUAGGGUUUUGGUGGCAGGGGUGAUGGGAAGAGAGAAAACAGGGUGGUUUUUUUUUUGGGGGGGGGGGGGAGGUGCUAAUGGCCACGAGGCCAGACACAUUCAUAUAUAAAUGCUGAGGGAGUUGUUGUGAGGGUGGUGGGGCUGGUGUAGGGAAAGGAAGGCCAGGCAGAAUUCUCAUGGGGAAAAUCCUUUACCAUUGGCAUGUUUACCAUUGGCAGAUUUUUCACCCAGUGUAUUCAGAGAUACUGGCAGGGGGAAGAGAGAGAGAGGGAGGGAGUGUGUGUGUGUGUGUGUGUGUGUUUUCUCCCAUAGUGAGCUCACAAAUACAGUGAUAUCCCAGUGAAUGGAAAGUAGUGAACCAAGGUGGUUGGAGGUGGGCAGGGGUGGGGGAAGGCAAAGCAAAAAGAACGUGUGUAACUUCGGCUAAAUGUAAUCUAUUUACGAACCAGGAGACCCACUCAUCUAUUUUUACAAAGGGAAGGGUUUUGAGUGUGUGGGUUGACAUCCAGCUCUGAGUUGAACAGAGCUUUCUGCAGGGAGAAAGGUGUGUGCCUGUUUGCAUUUCAUCUUACCUGUCAUGUCUCUUUCAUGUCCCCCUGUCCUUCUCUCCUGCCCAUGGGCCAGUGAGAGGAAGACAGUGUGGUUCAGAGCAAGGAAACUAGACUGGGAGCCAGGAACCCCACCCCCCUGUCACGAACUAGCUGGCUCACCUUGUUCAAGACAGUCCAGGCUUCGAGUUUUUUUCUCUGUAUAAAGAACAGGGCCAGAUGAGGCCAGAUAUGUCCCCCUGCCCCUUCCUAGGCCCAGGACUCCAUGAUCCCCAUCUAAUCUCAUAGGGAUAAGGAUUUCAAAGACAAGCGUCCCAUCUGGGGGCUACCCAGAUCUGUUUCUAAGUUGGCUUUUUUUUUUUUUAAGAAAGAUCAAUUUUGUCUCCAGAGUCCCCACCGCUCCCUCCCCCCAGGUCCUGACCUGAGGGUCAUUGGGUCCCCAACCCAAGAAAGGCUUAGGGAUCAGUCCUACCCUAAACAUUUUACCUCUUCAGAAUUCCUGGCUAGGGAGAACAGAAGUCAGAGGCACUGUCCUAUUGCCUAGUGUCCCCUUAGAAGUUACUCUCCUUCCCAAACUGCUUCUGGGUUGGUCCUGAAAGUUGGCUUGUCUCCAUUUUAAGGAGAAGUCUAACUCUGGAGGUAGGGGGGAGGUUUUCUACUAACUCUAGAUUUGGGUGAAGCAGAGGGGCAAUGGGAAGGCAGGCUUUGGAGCAGCCCCCCACCUUCCUCUACCCUGAGGAAGAAGGGCUCUCAUCUGGGCAGGGAAACAGGAGAUUCCGUGGGGUGGGAGAGAGGGGUAAUACCGUGGGGGCUGGAAGGCAGAGCGUGGGAGGGACCUGGGUUAUUAAAGUCACAUCUAAGUUUGAACAGGAGGAAAUCCGAACAAGGAGUCUUCCAUACUGGGGCAGCCUAGGCUAGAGGGGCCAGGGUCUGGGUGGGGGUGCUCUCUCAUUGGAGGAGAGCAGAGCCUGGGCAGGUCAACAGAUUCUUGCACCUCCUGGACUCUGAAAAAAGAGAAAAAUAGCAUCAAAACCCCCUGCCCCUAUCCCUAUGGGGUCCCUAGUGUUGGAACAAAAUGGUGUUUAAAUAUAGCUCCAAACUGUAGCCCCAAAGGACUAUUUAUUUACAGACACAUUGUUGGGAGGGAUGUGGGGUUUCCCUCCAAGUCCCCCUGCCCCCACUGUCCCCUCACCAUAGGGGCCUAGAGUGUCCUGGUUUGUUUUUGUUUUCUUUUCUAUUCAUCCAAACAGACUACUGACCCCACUGAAAACCAGCCUGUUUACUGUAUUGUUGUAAAUAAUUGUGCCCUUUAUAUUCUGUAUAUUAGCUUCUUUUAAAUAAAGUGACAUGUCUUAGA